ACAUAUUUUAAUUACUCAUGGUGUUUGUAACUGCUUAAUGUUCUGUAAUAAAAAAAAUAGAAUGAAAUAGCGUGUCUGGUCCAUGCUAACAGUGGAGGUAACGUGCUAUUUAUGGGUUGCCUGCUAUGGUUGCGUGCCACUGUUAAACGAAAGAAAAGAAGAGUCUUGCGUGGAGCUGUGCAUAUCUCAAGUGUGUGCGAUGUUACUGUAAAGAUGAUUUUUGUCAAAAAUGCGAAUAAGAUUUUAUCAAGUCGUGUCAUCACUGAUCAAGAUAACUUUAAAUGCAGUGGUGUCUUUGAAAUUCAUCAGAUGAGUUUAAACAAAGAGAGUCCCAUCUCACCGCACGUAACUUAUAUGGAAUGUGCAAGCGGCCAAUGCAUCAAAGCACACUGACUCUUGGCGAUCAGAAUAAAUCAAUUUAUUCUACAACACACGCAGAGAGUUUUUCAGGGAGAGGACACAACGGCCAAGAACUGGUCUUUCUCCCCCGAGAUUCACGUUAUCCCUCUCAGCAUAAUAGAAGUGACCUCAGUAACAUGGGUGUGACACAAGCACAGACACACUCCAGAGAUAUACAUGGCCCAAAGAACAUCAUACCACAUCAUGUCCUACACAGAGUGGGGGUACAGAACAGGGCACAGAACCGUGAUGGUUUUGUGAUGAAGGAGGUCACCAACCCCACUGAGGCCACACUGUACCAGACCACAUAUCAAACAGUGCACUGCUCCACUUCCAGCAGACAUCAAACAAAUGAAUCAAGCGGACAACAUGUCUCCUGGCACAGGCAUAAUAUUAUCACAGGAGAGGAGAAGGCUGCAGCGAGGCCUGUGCGGCCCAGAAGACAGUCUGGGGAGAGCAUUCUGUGGGCAGCGCGGCGCUGGGAGACACAUCACAACUCUUUGCGUUUGUACUGAAUCUCUCAGCUAAAGUAACAACACAAUAAAUUCUCAAAAUUGGACACGUCAUUGUCAA